CUGUGAUCCAUUGAAAGGUUAUGUUUCCCUUAUGUUAUGAAAACAUAUGAGACAUGACUAAAGAUAGUAAAUUUUAAUGUCUAUCUCGUAACAACUUUACUUUGUAAUUGCUUUUCAUUAUUUCAUUUCUUUAAAUGUAUCACUAGUACGAAUAAUAUCUUUGAUAGAUCCAACAUUAUCAACCAGAAAAUGAACCCUUUCAUGAAGACUGGAUCCUUAAGAACUAUGAUAAGAAUGUUUAGACAUAACUUGUGCUUCCCAGCGGACACUGUGAACAAAGUUCCUAUUCUGUACUCAACGACAAAUGUAUCUCCGAGGUCAAAUUUCAAUGACACUGCAAAUAGUUUAACGCUGGAACUGAUAAAAAAUUAUGGUGUCAAAAACGAGAGGAUCCUUCAAAAGGUUGUAAAUAUUCCCAUCUUAUCAAAUAGUGAUCCCCAUGAAUGGAAAAAAGUAAUGGAGAUCUUAUUAUAUCGGGGACUAUCUCCUGUAAAAAGUGUCUUAACGGUAAUAAAGCACCCUGCAUUGCUGAAAAUGUCAAGCUUGAAAAUUAACAGAGUAUGGGAUGAUUGGGUGGAAUGCUUCCAAGAAACAGAAUUAGUAAAAGAAUUGCUUGAAGAGUGCCCUAUGUUUUUAAGUGUUUCUGGCAAGAUUGAAAUUGAACCAAAAUAUGAGCAAUUAAAAGCCAUUGUGAAAUCAAAGAAAGCAGUUGCCAAAAUACUUAUGAACUGUCCUCAGAUCAUGUUCCAAAGUCUAACAGAAUUGCAAAAUGUCUCUGAUUAUUUAAGUGAAGUAAUGAUUGCUAGGAAUGCUGCUGAGUAUUCAAAAUCAACUGUGCUUGGUUGCACUCUACAGGAAGUAAUGAUUCGACACGUGUUUUUGGAUAAAUGUGGAAAGUAUAAACCACCAAAUCUGAAACAAAGUGAAAGUAUUCCCUCGGGAAAUGCAAGUCUCUCUGAGAUAUAUGACACGUCUGAAGAAGAAUUUGCAACAAAAACUGCAGGUGUUACUCUAGAAGAGUAUGUUGUGUUUCAAUCUUUGUUUGCUGAUGAGUUAGAGGACAAGAGGAUUAUUUCAGAAGAGGAGACAGAUUCUGAUGAAGAUUAACAAGUUUUAUAAAUGUUUACAUUUAUUAGAAUCAGAGUCUAAUAAAGAUAGUAAAAAUUAAGAAAA